AAACAAACACUCCCAGAAAGCCAAGUGGUGGAGAAUUGGCUUAGAUCAGACUAGUGAAGAAGUUUGCUGCGAAGCUCGUGCAGCCUCCAAUUAUUGAUGCUGCCAACCGCACUUAUGAGGGCUGCUUCUUGACGAGAAGUCGUUGUAGCCUAAAAUAUCCUUCACCUCUGAGAAUCCUCCGCCCUUUGUGCUUGGAGAAAGAAGGAUCAGCCCUGCACUGCGAUGUGGUCGUUCAUACUACCAGUCUUGGGAUCGUUCGGAUCGUCCCUCAUCGGGAGCGUGAUAGGUAAGAUCACCGACUAUGUGAUCGAAAGAGUUUUGGAGGAUCCCGGAGUCGCUGACCUCCACAAGCUGAAGGACACUCUUUUGAGGACUGAGCGCACCAUCGGCAGAGUCGAGAACAUGUGGAUUAAAGAUGAAGGCACGAAAAAGCGAUUGAAGGAAUUGGUGAUGAAACUGAAGGACACUGUUUAUGACGCUGACGACUUGCUUGAUGAGAUCCAGUUCCGGGUUCUGAAGCAACAAGGAGCUCAGAGGUACGAGGCAAGUAACCAAUCAUCUUCCUCUUCUGAUCUCCCUCCGAAUAAAAGAAGAAGACUUCAUGAACGUGUCGGUCGCCUCUUCGGUAGAGAAGAUGAUGUGAUUAGAGUGGGGAAAAUUCAGAUGAAGUUAGAAAAAAGCACUGCUGACAUCGAGGAUCUCAUUGCUAAAUUAGAUGCUGAUAAGAAACAGAUGAUAACGUCAGUAGUGCCUCGAACGACCACUUCCUUUCCGAUAGAAACUCAAGUAUUCGGACGAGAGAAACAGCUGAAUGACCUUCUGGAACGGUUGAUGAAAUCGGCCGAUGGAUCCGGAUCCAGCAACAGUAGCAUCUCUACCUUGACUAUUUUUGGGAUCGGCGGGGUCGGAAAGACUACUCUUGCUCAGCAUGCCUACCACCACGAGAAGGUGAAGGACUAUUUUCAUCAUAAGGUCUGGGUCUGUGUAUCCGACGACUUCAACGUGGAGAGGCUUACCAAAGAGAUCAUAGAAUCCUUAACCCGGAAUAAGCCUGAUCUCAGCAACCUUAAUACACUUCAAGAGGAAGUUAAGGAGAAGUUGACCUCAAAAAGGUUCCUUCUUGUCCUCGACGAUGUGUGGGACGAGAACAGCGGGAACUGGGAUAGAUUUUGUGCACCAUUGAGGUCCGGAGUACCAGGAAGCAAGAUUUUGGUUACAACUCGCUCUGGAAAUAUUGCAGAAAUGGUUGGCAAUCCGAUCCCUCUAGGAGUUCUGGAUGAGGCCAGCUAUUGGAAAUUGUUCAAGAAAUGUGCAUUUGGUUCCGAAUACGCCGGUGAAUGUCCACAGCUAGAAGACAUAGCAAAGAAGAUCGUUAGCAGGUUGAAGGGGUUGCCACUUGCGGCAAGGAUGUUAGGCGGGUUGUUGAAGGAGGGGAUGAAUGAGAAGGACUGGAGAAACAUCGCAGAAAGUGAAAUCUGGCAACUACCGCAAAACGAAGAGGGUGUCCUGCCAGUCCUACAAUUGAGCUAUCAAUGUCUUCCCCCACACCUUAAGCGGUGCUUUGUUUUUUGUUCCCUGUUCCCCAAAGAUUAUCGGUUUGAUGGAGAGCACUUGGUCAGGCUUUGGAUGGCAGAAGGCUACGUUGCUCAAGACAACAAUAUGACGAUGGAGGAUACAGGAAGCCGCUACUUCCUUGACUUGGUGAAUAGGUCUUUCUUUCAGGAAGCUCCUUGGGAAUCGACAUAUGUGAUGCAUGACCUCAUACACGAUCUUGCUCAAUUUAUUUCGGAGGGAGAGUUUUACUGGAUUGAAGAUGAUGAGUCAAAAGAGAUCCCUAAUACGACUCGUCAUCUGUCAGCAACAUUAACCAAUAAAACUAAGAUACUGAAGUUCUCCUGUUAUGAGAAAUUACGGACCCUCAUGAUCAAUUAUGAUAGUCGUUGGUAUGGCUUUCGAGGCUAUGGCUUUUCGUUUCCCGAUGUCUUGUUUGAAAGAUUAAAAAAUAUUCGAGUGUUGAUAUUACGCGACUGUGGCUUGCGGGAGUUGCCAGAGACAAUUGGUGGCUCGAUACAUCUCCGCUACCUUGACAUAUCCUAUAACAUUAAGAUUUGGAGGCUGCCGGAGUCAUUAUGUGAUCUUUACAAUUUGCGAGUACUGGAUCUGUUUCAAUGUCCACUACAGAGUUUCCCGCACGGCAUGAACAAGUUGAUCAACUUGAUGCAUCUUAAUGCGGAAGUUGAAAUAAUUUAUAAAAUAAAUGAUGUUGGGAAGCUGACUUCCCUUCAACGAUUGUCUUCAUUCAAAGUACUCAAGGAUCAGGGACAUGAGGUUGCCCAAUUAGGCAGUCUGAAACAGCUUCGUGGACAACUUCGAAUUACCAACCUUGAGAACGUUGACAGUAAACAAGAAGCAAGCAUGGCUAAUCUGAACAACAAACAGUACCUUGAUGCACUGGCCUUAGAAUGGACAUCGGAUGAUGGCUCCAGUUUAGACGGCAAUGAAUUAGUUGUGUCGGAGGAGGUACUUGAAGGUCUCCAACCACAUCAGGCUCUCAAACGUUUGACGAUCAGAGGGUACAGUGGUGUCAGAUCACCCAAUUGGCUGCAGGCACAAUUGUUUGCGAACCUGGGAACUCUUGGAUUGAUAAACUGCAAAGCAUGGAAGGAUCUUUCAUGUAUUGGACAGCUACCGAACCUCAAAAACCUUUACGUGGAGGGAAUGCCUGCAGUGAAACAAAUAAGUCAUGAAUUAAGUACAGAGAGCAAGUUCCUGCCUAAUCUGGAAGAGCUAGUGCUGAAGGACAUGGUGGCAUUGGAGGAACUCCCGAGUCUUGGACAACUGCCGUGUCUUCAGGUUCUUCGCAUCGAUCAAAUGUCAACAAUGACGAAGGUGGGCCACGGGUUCUUUGGUUAUAGAGAUCAAGGCAAGUGUUUUCCUUGCUUGGAGGAGCUCAGGUUCAACGGCAUGCCAAAAUGGGAAGAGUGGUCUUGGGCAGAUGGUCGAGAGCUGUUUCCCUGCUUGCGAGAACUUCAAAUUGAAGAAUGCCCGAGGCUUAAGAGGAUGCCUCCCCUCCCUCCUUCACUUAAAUCACUGUCAUUAUGUCAAGUCGGGUUGACAGAAGUUCCAAGAUUGUGGGAAGAAAUCGAUGGAAGUAGCAGCAGUAUGACAGUUUCAGAAUUAAAAUUAUAUAGUCUCGAAAAGGUCGAGCUGAAGGACAUCCCAGAAUGUGAGGGACUCCCUUGUCUUGGACAACUGCCGAGUCUCAAGGUUCUUCGCAUCGAGAAAAUGCCAGCAGUGAAGAAGUUGGGCGAUGGAUUCUUUGGUUCCAGAGACCAAGGCAAGUGUUUUCCUAGCUUGGAGGAGCUCAAGUUCUGGGACAUGCCAGAAUGGGAAGAGUGGACUUGGGCUGAUGGCCGACAGCUGUUUCCCUGUUUGCGAAAACUUCAAAUUGAAAGAUGCCCGAGGCUUAAGAGGUUGCCUCCCCUCCCUCCUCCACUUGAAACAUUAGAAAUAGAUGAAGUCGGAUUGACAGAACUGCCAGGGUUAAGGGAAGGAAUUCAUGGAGGCGGCAGUUGCAUUACUGCUUCUCUUUCAACAUUGAGAAUACGAAAAUGUCCAAAUCUAAGAAAUCUGGAAGAAGGGUUGCUAUCGCACAGCUUACCAAAUAUCCGUGACAUUGAGAUUGCGGAAUGUGCGGAACUCAUGUGGCAGCCGGUGAAGGGGUUUAAAGAACUCACCUCCCUUAGGAAAUUGUCAAUCCGCAGUUGCCGGAAUCUCUUGAGCAUGACGCGAGAUGGGGACAAUGACAUCCUCCUCCCACCCUCAACCAAGGAACUAAUGCUGUCUGACUGUGGGAAUCUGGGAAAAUUGCUACCGGGCUGCCUGCACAAUUUGACCUCACUCACUCGAUUGGAAAUAGGCGGCUGCCCGUCCAUAGAGUCUCUUCCUGAAACGUCGCUGCUUCACCUGAAACGACUUGAAUCUCUGAGCAUUUGGAAAUGUGGUGAGUUGAGAUCAAUAGACGAGUUGCGAGUUCUGGAAUCCCUCAGAGAAUUGACGAUCAAACUAUGUCCCAAGCUGUUGCUGAAUAAAGGGAAUGAGCAAGUGGAGGGUUGGUCGGUGCCUAAAUUAUGCAUCGACGACACAGCCCUGUUCAAAGUAUCGCUCUUAAGAAGGACACUUCCAUCCGUCCGUGCUCUCACAAUCUCAAACUUUCCUCGAGCGACGAUGUCUGAUGAGGAGGAGCAGUUGUUGCGAAGCCUCACAGCUCUCGAAUCUAUAGAAUUCUUCAAUUGCGAGAAUCUACAAUCGCUACCGAGAGAGUUGCAUGCCCUUUCCUCCCUCUGGCUUUUAAGAAUAAUUAUAUGUCCGAAGAUUCAGUCGCUACCUGAGAAGGGGCUGCCGACGUCCCUCAGGAAUCUAGAUUUCGAACGCUGCCAUCCGAGGCUGACGGAGCAGCUGGAGAAGCACUUGGCCGAGAUGAAGAGUUCGGGUCGAUUUUCGAAUGUCACCCAAUGGGAUAUGUUAAGAUUGAAGGAGUAGCUCAUUUGUGGAUAUGAUUUGAAGAAAGAUUUAAGAGUCUUUUGUAUUGAACAAUAUUGCACAUUUAGAUUAUUUUGUAUAUGUGUUAUUCGAACUUGAAUGUUAUGAACUUUUAAGAAGUUGUCGAUUUUGUUGUAUGUGUUGUGAGUGGAUUGAUUAUAGAUUGAAAUAUGUAAUAAAUAAGAUUUUUUUUAUCUUA